CAGCAUCAAACACAGCUGGACUCCAUAUUUAUGCUGCUGGAGGACAACAUCAUCACUUUUGUGAAGAACGAGUUGAAGAAGAUCCAGAAGCUUCUGAGUCCAAUUUACCCAGAAUGCUCUUUGUUGGAAGAUGAGGAUGAGGAGCAGAGGAUCAGCAGGGAGGCGUUAGUGAAGAUCACAGUGGACUUCCUGAGGAGGAUGAAGCAGGAGGAGCUGGCUGAGCGUCUGCAGAGCAGGACCCAUGCAGGAAAUUGCCAACAUAAACUGAGAUCUACCUUGAAGAAGGAGUUCCAGUGUGUGUUUGAGGGGAUCACUGAAGCAGGAAACCCAGCCUUUCUGAACCAGAUCUACACAGAGCUCUACAUCACAAAGGGAGAAACUGCAGAGGUCAAUGAUGAACAUGAGGUCAGACAGAUUGAAACAGCUUCCAGGAAACCAAACAGACCAGAAACAACCAUCAGACAAGAAGACAUCUUUAAACUCCCACCUGGAAGAGAUGAACCAAUCAGAACAGUGAUGACAAAGGGAGUGGCUGGCAUUGGCAAAACUGUCUUAACACAGAAGUUCACUCUGGACUGGGCUGAAGACAAAGCCAACCAGGACAUCCAGUUCUUGUUUCCACUGACUUUCAGAGAGCUGAAUGUGCUGAAAGAGAGAAAGUUCAGCUUGGUGGAACUUGUUCAUCACUUCUUUACUGAAACCAAAGAAGCAGGAAUCUGCAGCUUUGAAGAGUUCCAGGUUGUCUUCAUUUUGGACGGUCUGGAUGAGAGUCGACUUCCUCUGGACUUCCAUAAAACUAAAGUUCUAACCGACCCUAAGAAGUCCACCUCAGUGGAUGUGCUGCUGACUAACCUCAUCAGGGGGAACCUGCUUCCCUCUGCUUGCCUCUGGAUAACCACACGACCUGCAGCAGCCAAUCAGAUCCCUCCUGACUGUGUUGGCAUGGUGACAGAGGUCAGAGGGUUCACUGACCCUCAGAAGGAGGAGUACUUCAGGAAGAGGUUCUUAGAUGAGGAUCCAGCCAGAAGGAUCAUCUCCCACAUCAAGACAUCACAAAGCCUCCACAUCAUGUGCCACAUCCCAGUCUUCUGCUGGAUCACUGCUUCAGUUCUGGAGGAUGUUCUAAAAACCAGAGAGGGAGGAGAGCUGCCCAAGACCCUGACUGGGAUGUACAUCCACUUCCCGGUGGUCCAGACCAAAGUCAAGAAGGUCAAGUAUGAUGGAGGAGCUGAGACAGAUCCACACUGGAGUCCAGAGAGCAGGAAGAUGAUUGUAUCUCUGGGAAAACUGGCUUUUGAUCAGCUGCAGAAAGAAAACCUGAUCUUCUAUGAAUCAGACCUGACAGAGUGUGGCAUCGAUGUCACAGCAGCCUCAGUUUACUCAGGAGUGUUCACACAGAUCUUUAAAGAGGAGAGAGGACUGUACCAGGAGAAGGUGUUCAGCUUCAUCCAUCUGAGUGUUCAGGAGUUUCUGGCUGCUCUUCAUGUCUGUCUGACCUUCAUCAAUACUGGAGUCAAUCUGAUGGAAGAACAAAUAACAUCCUGGUGGUCUAAAACAGAUGAUAAAUCAACAGAGACCGACAUUUACAGGAGUGCUGUGGACAAAGCAUUGCAGACUCGAGAUGGAAAGCUGGACUUGUUCCUCCGCUUCCUCCUGGGUCUUUCACUGCAGACAAAUCAAAAUCUGCUUCGAGGCCUAUUAAGACAGAUAGCAUGUAGUUCCCAAACCAAUCAGGAAACAGUCCAGUACAUCAAGAAGAAGAUCAGUGAGAAUCAUUCUGCAGAGAGAAUCAUCAAUCUGUUCCACUGUCUGAAUGAACUGAAUGAUCGUUCUCUAGAGGAGGAGAUCCAACAGUCCCUGAGAUCAGGAAGUCUCUCCACAGAUAACUUGUCUCCUGCUCAGUGGUCGGCUCUGGCCUUCAUCUUACUGUCAUCAGAACAAGAUCUGGAUGUGUUUGACCUGAAGAAAUACUCUGCUUCAGAGGAGGCUCUUCUGAGGAUGCUGCCAGUGGUCAAAGAAUCAAAAAGAGCUCUUCUGAGUCUCUGCAACCUCUCAGAGAGAAGUUGUGAAGCUCUGUCUUCAGUUAUCAGUUCCCAGUCCUCAAGUCUGAAGGAGCUGGACCUGAGUAACAACAACCUGAAGGAUUCAGGAGUGAGGCUGCUGUGUGCUGGACUGGAGGGUCCUUACUGUACACUGGAAACUGUCAGACUGAGUACCUGCAGCCUGUCACUGAGAAGCUGUGAAGCUCUGUCCUCUGUUCUGAGCUCCAACUUCUCCAGUCUGACCAGGUUGGACCUCACUAACAACGACCUGCAGGAUUUAGGAGCCAAGCUUCUGUCUACAGGACUACAGGAUCCUCAGUGUAAACUAGACAUGCUCAGUCUGUCAGGAUGUCUGAUCGCAGAGGAAGGCUGUGCUUCUCUGGCUGCAGCCCUAACGGCCAACCCCUCCCGUCUCAGGGAGCUGGACCUGAGCUACAACCAUCCAGGACUCUCGGGAGUGAAGAUGUUAACUGCUCAGCUUGAGGAUCCAGGCUGCAGACUGGAAGCGCUCAGGGUGGAACCUGCUGGAGAACGAUGGCUGAGACCAGGUCUGCGGAAGUAUUCCUGCGAACACACCAUCGACACAAACACGGUGAACAGAAAGCUCAAACUGUCUGACAACAACAGGACGGUGACACAUGUGGAGGAGCUCCAGUCGUAUCCGGAUCAUCCGGACAGGUUCGACUGGUGUCGCCAGCUGCUGUGUGGAAAUGUUCUGACUGGUCGCUGCUACUGGGAGGUGGAGCGCUCAGGAAGGGUUCAUAUAUCAGUGAGUUACAGAGGAAUCAGUCGGAAAGGCGACAGCGAUGCCUGCGAAUUUGGAUACAAUCAGAUGUCCUGGAGUUUGUUCUGCUCCGAUGGCAUUUACUCCGUCUAUCACAAUAAUAUAGGAACAUCUGUUCGUCUUCAGUCCUCCUCCUCUUCCUCCUCCGUCUCUAACAGAGUAGCGGUGUAUGUGGACUGUCCUGCAGGUUCUCUGUCCUUCUACAGAGUCUCCUCCGGCUCGCUGAUCCACAUCUACACCUUCAACACCACCUUCACUGAGCCCCUCUACGCUGGGUUUGGAGUUGGGUUCAGACCUGGUUCUUCGGUGUUUCUCUGUUCAGUUUAGAGCUGAAGUGGUUUAGCGUUUUUGCUUUGACCAAGAAUGUGUGUGAACAUCAUCCAGAAUGACAUCUGACAGACCGUCGUUGUCCACCACCAGCCACGCCAUCCCGGCAGCGAUGCAUGGUGGUGGCGGCAUCAUGACAUGGUAACAUGAUUCGUCAUCAGGCUGCAGGAAGUAGGCUGGAAAUCAUUAAUGUUGAACGGUGUUA